GACGUCCAAGAGAACAUUUGUUCUGGACGGGGAGACAGUGGACUUAUGUCGACUGGCAAUAUGUGGUAACGCUUUGUACUAGUCCUUAAAUCGGAUUUUAAUUAUAUCAGAUAAUUUUCUUAUGAACUGAUCAGGUGAGAGACCCGUUUGGGAUUGCAUUUUACCGAUCGUUUAACAAACUUGAACGAAGUGGAAGCGGUUUAGUCUUCAAAGAAGGAGACUCGUUGGGAUCGCCGAGGGAUCCGUGGGCUCUUGGUCUGGAUAAGCACUCUGAAGAUUGCAGCUGCAGGCCAUUUACUGAUGGGUACAUACUGCGAGGCGACACACCAACAGAGCAGCCGUUUAUCUACAGUAGACACGAACUGCGUAAGAAUGAAGACGAGAUAUUUUUGUCUCCUUGAAAACAUUGGCUGUAGCUUUGUUGGAAUCAGCAAAUGAGUACCUGGACUGAACUCAUAUCCAGAGAAACCUGAAGAGUAAUUUAGCCAAUCGCAGCCCGUCUUUGAGAAAAACCUCUCCAUAAAAAAUUGAUCACUAUGAGUGCUGAGGGAUAUCAGUACAGAGCGCUUUAUGACUACAAAAAGGAGAGGGAGGAGGACAUUGAUCUGCAUGUGGGGGACAUAUUGCUGGUGAGCAAAGGCUCUCUGGUGGCUCUUGGGUACACCGAUGGUCUGGAACAGCGACCUGAUGAGAUUGGCUGGCUACCCGGUUUUAAUGAAACCACUCAGGAAAAAGGAGACUUCCCGGGGACUUAUGUCGAGUAUGUUGGAAAGAAGUGGAUCUCCCCCCCUACACCUAAGCCAAGACCCCUGAGGCCCUUACCGGUGGCUCCAAGCUGCUAUAAGGCCGAGACAGACUCUGACUCAGAACAAGGCUUCUCUUUGCCAGACUUGACGGAGCAGUUUUCCCUCCCAGAGACGGCCCCCCCCAUGCUGGCCAGACUGCUGGAAGCUAUCGAGAAGAAGGGUCUGGAUAAUCCUACUUUGUACCGCACAUUUACUGCUGGUGCCGGGCUCGAAGUCAGGCAGUAUUUUGACAGCGACCCUCCCUCGACAGACCUGGACCAGCUGGAACUUCCAGUCCUGUGCGAUGGUCUGCGCAGGUACCUGCAGGAGCUUCCCCAGCCCAUCGUCCCCGUAGCGCUACAAGCUCAGAUGGUGCUCGCCGCUAAAGAGGUGCUGAACCCGGAGGAAUGCGCCCAGCUGCUACGUCGCAUUGCCAGCACGCCAACCCUGCCCCCGCAGUACUGGCUCACUCUCACCUGUCUGCUCAGACACUUUGCCAGAGUGUGCCAGAGUGGCUCCAAGAACCUGCUCAGUGCCAGGUCGCUGGGCGAGAUCUUCAGCCCUGUGUUUUUCAGACAGCAGCCUGCCAGUUGUGAACCCAGCCUGGAUGCUUACAUCAAGAUCAUCGAGGUUCUGGUGACAAGCGAGUGGAGUGAAAGUCAAGCUGCUCCAGCUCUACCUCCAAAGCCACCCAAGCCCACGUCUGCAAUUAACAACGGUAUGAACAACAACAUGGCUCUGCAGGACGCCGAAUGGUACUGGGGAGACAUCUCUCGGGAGGAGGUCAAUGAGAAACUGAGGGACACUGCGGAUGGUACGUUCCUGGUGCGAGACGCCUCCACCAAAAUGCACGGAGACUACACUCUGACUUUGAGGAAAGGUGGAAACAACAAGCUUAUCAAGAUAUUUCACCGGGAUGGGAAGUAUGGCUUCUCAGACCCGCUGACCUUCAGCUCUGUUGUUGAGCUCAUCAACCACUAUCGCAAUGAGUCACUGGCUCAGUACAACCCUAAGCUAGACGUAAAGCUGCUGUAUCCAGUCUCCAAGCACCAGCAGGAUCAGGUGGUGAAAGAGGACAACAUUGAAGCUGUGGGCCGGAAGCUUUGCGAGUACCACCAGCAGUACCAAGAAAAGAACAAAGAGUACGACCGCCUGUAUGAAGAAUACACCAGAACGUCACAGGAAAUCCAAAUGAAACGCACAGCGAUCGAAGCCUUCAACGAGACGAUAAAGAUAUUCGAGGAGCAAUGUCAAACACAAGAGCGCUACAGCAAAGAGUACAUUGAGAAAUUCAGGAGGGAAGGCAACGAGAAGGAGAUCCAGAGAAUCAUGGGCAACUACGAGAAGUUGAAAUCGAGGAUCAGUGAAAUAGUCGACAGCAAGCGCAGGCUGGAAGAGGAUCUGAAGAAGCAGGCGGCAGACUACCGAGAGAUCGACAAGAGGAUGAACAGCAUCAAGCCCGACCUCAUCCAGCUCCGCAAGACCAGAGACCAGUACCUCAUGUGGCUCACCCAGAAGGGCGUCAGACAGAAAAAACUCAACGAGUGGCUGGGAAUCAAGAACGAGAACACAGAGGAUCAAUAUUCUAUGGUGGACGACGACGAAGACCUUCCUCACCACGACGAGCGCACCUGGAAGCUGGGCAACAUCAACCGGCUUCAGGCCGAGGCUGUCCUCCAGGGGAAGAGAGACGGAACAUUCCUGGUUCGAGACAGCAGCAAAGCGGGAUGCUACGCCUGCAGCGUCGUCGUGGACAGCGAGGUGAAGCACUGCGUCAUCAACAAAACCCCCUCAGGCUUCGGCUUCGCAGAGCCCUACAACCUGUACAGCUCGCUGAAGGAACUCGUACUCCACUACCAGCACACGUCUUUGGUCCAGCACAACGACUCUCUGAAUGUGACGCUAGCAUACCCAGUCUAUGCUCAGCAGAGACGGUGAAGGCCCGGACGCCUCGGCACGGACGCAAAGAUUCAAGGCCUCACAGGAGCCGGAGACGCGCAUUAGUGGACUCCUCCAUUAGAACGGAGCCGGCCACGCUCCGACGCCCGACUCAGACUCGAAAAAGACGAGAGAUGAAGCCUGAAACAUUUCAGUGACUUAGCCCGAGGCCAAUCUGAAUGUAGAUUUUCUUUCUCUUUGCUUUAAGUGGGAGCACAGAAUCAAGCAGAAACUGCUCAACUCCCCAGCGGAGGACAUUUGAGGCCUUUUUUCUUACGGUGCUUGUCCUUUUUCGAAGCUUUACCAGCCGGAAUGUUAAAUCACCGCAGGAAAAAGAAAUAAUCUUUAAACGGACUUGCCAGCCACUUUUCUUUUUUUUUUGUCUUUUUCACACUUUUUUUUUUCCUGUCACGUCAUCGUGCGUUUCUGUGUAUGUGGCUGUGAGUGUGUGGCUGUCCACGUGACCAAAACUCAUAGAAUCAGGAAACUGUGUGACGUGGGAAGGCUGGUUAACACAUGGCUUGUGUUAUCUGUUCAGCAGCUGGCCAUGGUUCAGCUGACAAAUGUAGCAAAAUGGCACUUUUAAAACACAUUUUUCUUCUUUUUUGUUUUUAAAACUUCUUUGGACUUGUGAGAAGACCAGCGGACAUGGUGUCUGUCUGACUCUUUCCUUCUCGUUGUUUAACAUAACAGUGCAGAAACAAACUUGAUCUUAACUGUGGGGAAAGUGAAGCUAUGAACGGACUUACUGUUUCAUGUACAUAUGUGAAAUUGUGCAGUCAUAUGAAUCAAAGGGCACCGUACCAAAAAGGAUCACUUUCUGUUGAGUCGUAUUUCGAUCUGCUAUGCAAGUCUCUCCAUUUUUACUUCAGAAUUGUUUCACUCUGUUGCAACCCACGAUAUAAGCUUGUUUUAUUGCUUGAAAAGUAUCUUUUCCUGUGUAAAUAUCCAAGAGGAUAUUUUGUGUCAAAAUGCCAAGAUUCAGUAAAAACAGAAAAGCUUCUAAUUUCUAAAGACAAUAAUAGAAAAGUACACUUUAUUAUAAAUGACUUUAACAGCAGGUAUAAAGAUGGAAAAGAUGAGUAUUUUAUUAGUCUUUUUUUUUUUUGCUUCAAACUAAUGUUCCUCUCAGGCAGAGCGUUUUGAGUAUUUGAGUAUGUUUUUUUCCAACUAAGCAAAGCCUACAUGCCGUUCUGUUUGAGCACUCAGACUGGGCUGAUGGGAUUGUAUGACCCAUAUCACCAAAAACAGCAGUAUAGAUUUAUUUUGUUAUAGAAUAUAUAUGUUCCCAUGUGAAAAUAUAAGAUCAAUAUACAUUUUACCCUUAGUACUUUUCUGUAUCAGAAAAUCACUGUUUACAUGGGUGGAUCGGCUCAUCUCAGUACGUCAUUUGCCAGUGGAGUCUUAAACAGACUAACUACAGUUUUCCCCUCUCCAUUUUAGUAUACCUUGAACAAAUCUGUGAUUUGAAUGGUACAUUUGCAAAUCCAGCAAUGAGGAAUUAUAUUUUAAAGCGUAUAAGAUGUGAAAAAUUACAUAUUGGAUUACUUCUCUACUGUUCAAGGUGUAUUUUAGGACCCCCCUUCCUCUUCCUGGUUAGUAAAACUUUCAAGUUAAAUUUGUGUUAGCAGAAAGCGUUAGCCAAAUGUGAUUGUUUCCCUUUCUUUAUCACAUGACAUGUCAGAUUAGGCUUGGAAGUACCUGCACCCUUCACACCACUUCCACUCGCAGACAGCAGCCGCAUAAGACAGUUCCAUUUUGAUUUAGUACAUGUACAUUUCUGGCUAAAAAUCGAAAGUAUGUGUUGUGGAUGUACUUGACCAAAUUGCUCUUCUAAAAUGGAAUUAAACGCACAUUGUCAGACCCGUUUAUCUGGGUUGGAACUGAACACAACACCUGUUUGACAUUUUACUGAAAGUUGGAUCUUCUUUACGUCCCCAACAACUGGUUAGCCAAACCUCAUGUUCGUUAUAAUUUUUUUUUUCCAGAAGACAUGCACCAUUUUCUGGGUUGAACGAUGAUUUGAGAUGUCCUUGUUUAGUUUAUUUUUCAUCCUUUCUUGGUUUCCCACACACAUUGAUUGGAUUGAGAUUUGCCAGUGUUCCGCAGUUUGGCUUCAAAUCUGUAUUAGGUUUUGUUAAAUUGAAAUAAAACACUUCUUUUUAAGCAAAACGUCUGUUUGGCUUCUGUGCUGGACUAAA